GCUAUGGACGCGGCGCCGCCUCGCCCGGAGCCCGCACCUGCAGCCGGGAGCCCCCGAGCCGGGCGCGGGGUGCUGCGCCGCUAGUUUUGUAAUCAACCACAAAAGAUGAAAUCUUCCAUAACUGAGAUGCUUCACAGAGGGAGGAUGUUGUGGAUGAUUCUUCUGAGUACAAUUGCUCUAGGAUGGACUACCCCAAUUCCCCUGAUAGAGGACUCGGAGGAAGUAGAUGAGCCCUGCUUUGAUCCAUGCUACUGUGAAGUUAAAGAAAGCCUCUUUCAUAUACAUUGCGACAGUAAAGGAUUUACAAAUGUUAGUCAGAUUACUGAAUUCUGGUCAAGACCUUUUAAACUGUACCUACAGAGAAAUUCCAUGAGAAAAUUGUAUACCAACAGUUUUCUUCAUUUGAAUAAUGCUGUAUCCAUUAACCUUGGGAACAAUGCAUUACAGGAUAUUCAGACAGGAGCUUUCAACGGUCUUAAAAUUUUAAAGAGGCUAUACCUACAUGAGAACAAACUAGACAUCUUCAGAAAUGAUACCUUUCUUGGCUUGGAAAGUCUGGAAUACCUACAGGCAGAUUAUAAUGUCAUCAAACGUAUUGAAAGUGGUGCAUUUCGGAACCUGAGCAAAUUGAGGGUUCUGAUUUUAAAUGAUAAUCUCAUUCCCAUGCUUCCAACAAAUUUAUUUAAGGCUGUAUCCUUAACCCAUUUGGAUCUUCGUGGAAAUAGGUUAAAGGUUCUUUUUUAUAGAGGAAUGUUAGACCACAUUGGCAGAAGCCUAAUGGAGCUCCAGCUUGAAGAAAAUCCCUGGAACUGUACAUGUGAGAUUGUGCAAUUGAAGAGUUGGCUAGAACGGAUUCCUUACACAGCCCUGGUGGGAGACAUCACCUGCGAGACGCCUUUUCAUUUCCAUGGAAAAGACCUACGAGAAAUCAGGAAGACAGAGCUAUGUCCUUUGCUGUCUGAUUCUGAGGUGGAAGCCAGUUUGGGGAUUCCCCAUUUAUCAUCAAGCAAGGAGAAUGCAUGGCCAACUAAGCCUUCUUCAAUGUUGUCUUCUGUUCAUUUUACUGCUUCGUCUGUUGAAUAUAAGUCCUCAAAUAAACAACCCAAGCCCACUAAACAGCCCCGAACACCAAGACCACCUUCCACAUCCCAAGCUUUAUACCCUGGUCCCAACCAACCUCCCAUUGCUCCUUAUCAGACUAGACCACCUAUCCCCAUUAUAUGUCCUACUGGGUGUACCUGUAAUUUGCAUAUCAAUGACCUUGGCUUGACUGUCAACUGCAAAGAACGAGGAUUCAAUAACAUUUCUGAACUUCUUCCAAGGCCACUGAAUGCCAAGAAACUGUACCUUAGUAGCAAUCUGAUUCAAAAAAUAUAUCGUUCUGAUUUUUGGAAUUUCUCUUCCUUGGAUCUCUUACACUUGGGAAACAAUCGUAUUUCAUAUGUCCAAGAUGGAGCUUUCAUCAAUCUGCCCAACCUAAAGAGCCUCUUUCUCAAUGGUAAUGACAUUGAAAGACUGACACCAGGCAUGUUUCGGGGCCUACAGAGUUUGCACUACCUAUAUUUUGAGUUCAAUGUCAUCCGGGAAAUCCAGCCUGCAGCCUUCAGUCUUAUGCCGAACUUGAAGCUACUCUUCCUCAACAAUAACCUGUUGAGGACCUUGCCAACUGACGCCUUUGCAGGCACAUCUCUUGCCAGGCUCAACCUGAGAAAGAACUACUUCCUCUAUCUUCCUGUGACUGGUGUCCUUGAACACUUGAAUGCCAUUGUCCAGAUAGACCUGAAUGAGAAUCCUUGGGACUGUACGUGUGACUUAGUCCCCUUCAAACAAUGGAUUGAGACCAUCAGUUCAGUCAGUGUGGUGGGCGAUGUGCUCUGCAGAAGCCCUGAGAACCUCACCCACCGGGAUGUGCGCAGCGUUGAGCUGGAAGUUCUCUGCCCAGAGAUGCUGCACACUGUACCUGUUGGAGUAUCCCCAGCCCAGCCUGGAGAUUCUCAGCUUGCAGGGGGAACAACAAGUGCAUCACCUUAUGAAUUCUCCCCCCCUGGAGGCCCUGUGCCACUGUCUGUGCUGAUUCUUAGCCUACUGGUUCUAUUUUUUUCAGCAGUCUUUGUUGCUGCUGGACUCUUUGCUUACGUCCUCCGAAGGCGCCGAAAGAAACUGCCCUUUAGAAGCAAGAGGCAGGAAGGUGUGGAUCUUACUGGCAUCCAGAUGCAGUGCCAUCGGCUUUUUGAAGAUGGUGGAGGAGGUGGAGGUGGAGGUGGGGGUGGACUCCGACCAACGCUUUCCUCCCCCGACAAGGCCCCUCCUGUGGGUCGGGUGUAUGAGUACAUCCCCCACCCAGUUACCCAGAUGUGUAACAAUCCCAUCUACAAGCCCCGGGAGGAGGAAGAGGUGACUGUUGCCUCACUCCAGGAGACAGGGAGUGCAGAGCGUGGCGGUCCUGGGACACAACCACCAGGGAUAGGGGAGGUUCUCCUAGGCAGUGAGCAGUUCACGGAGACAGCCAAGGAGAACCACAGCAACUACCGGACCUUGCUCGAAAAGGAGAAGGAGUGGGCCCUGGCCGUGUCCAGCUCACAGCUAAACACUAUUGUGACAGUCAAUCACCAUCACUCUCACCCUCACCACCCAGUAGUUGGUGGGGUCCCAGGGGUUGUUCCAGGACCUGGCGGAGACUUGACUGGGUUCCGUCACCAUGAGAAGAAUGGUGGGGUGGUGCUGUUUCCUCCUGGGGGAGGCUGUAGUGGUGGUGGCAUACUACUAGACCGAGAGAGGCCACAGCCAGCCACAUGCACAGUAGGAUUUGUGGACUGUCUUUAUGGCACAGUGCCCAAGUUAAAGGAACUGCAUGUCCAUCCUCCUGGCAUGCAAUAUCCAGACUUACAGCAGGAUGCCAGGCUCAAAGAAACCCUUCUCUUCUCGGCUGGAAAGGGCUUCACAGACCACCAAACCCAAAAAAGUGAUUACCUCGAGUUAAGGGCCAAACGUCAAACCAAGCCGGAUUACCUCGAAGUCUUGGAGAAAACAACAUAUAGGUUCUAAUAGAAAAUGAAAAAAAAAAUCAGUGCUUUUUCCCCACCCCCAAACAAAAAAAGGAAAAAAGGAAAAAAAGGAACACAAUCCACUUUCCCCUUAUAUUUGUCCCCAAAACUCCACUCUCACAAACUUCCCUGCCCUGAACAGAACUCAAGACCGCAUGAUAACUAGAAAAUACAGAUGUAGGCUCUUCUCUCUCCAAUGUGAUUUGGAGGAAGGGCCAUACUCAGAUCAUUAAUCAAUGAAGUGCCUUCGCAGACUUUUGCCAGCAAAUGUUAUCAUUAUUUUUUAUACUGAAACUUGAGACUUUGACUGUGCCAUGUAUAAGGUAUAAUGGGGAUCAUUAUGUUGAUCCUAAUUAAGUAAAAGUCAAUGUGUCUUUAUUUUCGGUAAAUUAAUUAUUUUUAGUUGUAGUUUUGUUUGAUGGGGGUGGGAGGGAGAAAAUUGACAUUUGUGGCUUUCUUUCCUCUUCUCAUCAUGGCACAGAUACUGUACAUGUAUUAACAAUGCAGUUUGCUGCAUGCCUGGAAACUGCAAGAUGGGGAGGGAGGGGGCGGGUCUUGCUCGAAUGUUCUCACCCACUCUUUUGUCUUUCAGACCCAUGCAAAUCACCAAUCCCUGCACAGAGCUAAAUCCCUAUACCUGCAGCCUCUUCCUCCAGGUGCAGUACACACAGAAACAUACUUGCAGACACACACACCCCUCUCCCAUUUAACCCAGUCUAAUUAUUUCGGGUUUGAUCCAUUCAUUUUCUCACUAUAGCACCACCUUCUCUUUAUUAUUAUUAUUGUAUAGCUCACACAUUUCUCCUACUAUCCUAAGAAAAGUCACAUAGCAGUCUGUGCCCUUCUGAAGUGGAGGCCUGGUGAAUAACUAUCGGAAGCAAACAUCUAGGGAUGAGUACCCUCUGUGACACUUCAUCUUGUGAUGCCAAGAUUUUUGGAGAACAUCUUCACUUUCUUAUAUAUAUAUAUAAUAUUAAAAAACAUAAAAAGCAACUGGGUAUAUAUCACUAACAGCUUUGUAGGAAGCACUUUUAAUGUCUUCUCACACUCAAAGAUUCAAAAGAAAUGUGCAUAUAUUUAUUAUGUAAUUUCAGUGAUUAUAAAUUGUAAAGGUAAUGUUUAAUCAUUGUAUAGUGAUUAUGCGUCUGGUAUAGCUUUCCUAAUAAAAAGUUUUUGAAAAACAUAA